GCAACAACGUAAAGCACAACACAGAACAUGCAGUCGUACGGUGCGCAGCUGCGCGCCGCAAUGCAGCCGCUGCGCGCGUCCGAUGAACAGUUUCAGGUCUUUUCCCACGGCCUCAGUGCUGUGCUGCAGCAGUGGACGGCGCUCCAGCUCGUGGCGCUGCAUUGCGACGCGCGUGCACCGGCGGUACUGUACGAGGACCUGUGUGCGUGGCACCAACGCGACGGCGAGGUCUUUGCGGAUGACAUGGAGAUCUACUUUGAAGAUUUCUUCGACAACGUGCGCGAGGUGAAAAUCGAAGACGAUAGCAUGAAGGAGGUGGCGACGGUGUUGCACAACAUGUACUGUCGCUGCUGCGCCAACGACUCAAGCGUGGCGGACCACUAUCUACAGACACUGCCCAUCUACACGCAGACAAACCCGGUUGGGAUGUCGGUCAACGGCGGCACCGCCGAAGAUCUCGCAGAUGACGCAGAAGAAGAUAACGACGCCGUGGAGGAGAGGGAAGAGGGCGACCUAGACAACGAGGAGGAAGAGGAGCAGGCAGCUGCGUCAGCGCAACUUCAGUCUGUGCCGCAGGCUCAACAGGCCCCACAGCAGCAGCAGCAGCAGCAGGCGAAAGCCCCACCGAAGCCUAAGAAGCGAAAGAAUGCCUCUGUGCGCGACAAGAACGGCUGGAACAUCGUCCAAUAA